GACGAAGCGACUCGGACGCCAUUUUGACAUCGCCACCGAAAGCAACAUGAGCACCAACUACUUGAUGGAUGACAUUGAAGAACUGAAAGCUAUUGUCGCGGCAGUCAAGUCGGAGCGAUUGAAGAACGAGUUGCAACAACUCCUUGCGACGAAGGAAGCGGAUUUGGUAAAGGCACAACAAGCACAACCGCGACCUGUCAUGCCUACGGCUGUUGCACCAGUUGCACCGUCCAAUGACAACAACGAAGUGUACACCGAGAUUUCAACGUUUGCAUGGGACGACGAAGGCUACGGCAAACCUAAGGUCACUGUGUACAUCACGUCAGGAAUUGACGGCGUUGGGUCUCUUCCGACCGACCACGUCACGUGCGACUUUUCUACCCGUGGGUUUGACCUGAAGAUCAAGGAUCUCCAUGGGAAGAAUUACCGGUUGGUGCGCCACAACCUGGACAAGGACAUUAUGCCGAAGAAGUCGAAAUUCGUCGCCAAGAAGAACCGCGUGACGAUCACGUUGGUCAAAGCCGACGACAAGAACACGUGGAUGAACCUGACGGCCAAGUCGUCGGCCCCCGCCGCGAAACCCAACUCUGCGGAUCCCACGGCCGGGAUCAUGGACAUGAUGAAGAACAUGUACGACGAAGGCGACGACGAGAUGAAGCGCACGAUUGCCAAGGCAUGGUCGGAAAGCCGCAACAAGAACCCUGGCGGAGCUGACCUCGGCCUUUAACUCUGACAAUCCACCAUUGUCGACGUUGUUGUUUCCCAA